CGCGGCACGCACGCACGUGUAUCACACGGAUCACGUCAAUCCUCGGCGGCUGGCGCGCGUUCUUAUCAGCAGCUGACACGGGCUUAUCGCCGUCGUACGCGGCGAUAAUACGCCAAUGGGUUAUAUUUCGUAUCGUAUCAUUACUCUGACGAGAAAAAAAAAAAACAAAAAAACAACCCUAUUUCUAGUGUGGUAUAAUGUGUCCGCCGUUCGCCCGCAUUGUCCGAAUGUAAUAACAUUCCGUUGCAACGGAUCCGAUCGCUGUUUAUGCUGUUGCCGCGCUGUCCGCCAAAUUUCGCGUUCGUCGUUCGUGCGACUACGGUAUCAGCUAAACGUCAAAGCCGGACCGCCCGUCUUCGGAUUACUUGUUAUCAGAAGAAUGUCGGACCACGAUCGUACGAUUAGCGGGGCGGCAGCAGCCAAACAAGUUCGUGGGUUUUCCUCGGGUGUUAUUAUCAUUAUCACGGCAAUACGCCACCGAAUCCGCUAUCACCUAACGCGCACUCAUUAAUAAUAUUGUUUUUAAGUGCUAUCAAACGCAUUACUCAAUAUUCAACUAUUGUACAUACAGUUCGGUUAUUAAUCGACAUUAAUUUAUGUAUAUAUGCGUGUGUGCGCCCGCGCGUUUGUGUGUGUGUGUGUGUGUGUAUUGUUUUUUUUUCUCCUAUAUGCAUAUAUUAUGUCAAAUCACGUUCGUUGUUUGUUCCUCGUGCCUGACCGUUCGACUUUAAUAUCGGCAAUAUUGUGAUGUUACGUAACGAUUUAGUUUUACCUAUUCGAAAAACGUUCUCGACGUUCGCCGUCUUCUCCGUGUAAGCCGACCGUUUUGUUAUCUGUUGACUGUUGCUUACCUCGCCGGCGACCUGCCGAAGAGCAAUACCGUUUAUACACCGUUAUUUAUUUACCUUCCUGCAUGACUCCAACAGAACUGCUGCAACGGCGCGACCAAAACUAAUAUCCAAUCGUUCAUUCGAUUGUGAUGAGUUAAUGUUCUUGUAAGUGUUCAGGUACCGGAAGGAGCCUAUAAUUUGUAGAUGGAUAUAAUAUCGAAGAAAAGCUCUAGUAAUUAUGAUGCAACUUAUACCAACUCCAAUGUUUGUCGAUUAUGACAUACUAUUAGCUUGCGGGCUGCUGUUUUUUUGGUGUGGCUACUGGCUAGUACACAUAAGCGCGAUAUGUUAUGGGUAAUAUUAUUAACAAUACCUACAAUAUAGCUAUAAUAUUUCGUGUAUUUAUUAACUAUGGUUGGAUUCUCACAUAGUUUUAACUUAAUUAUUAUUCUCUGUAUUUUCAUCGACAGGAAGUUCCAUCUCUACAGAAAACUCGAAAAAGAACCACCUGUACAGUCUGUACCAACAUUAAUAUCUUUAGAAAAUGGUUCGGCUCGAAAAAACAUUAAACAGUAUCCCGGCGUCAGUAUAUUAAAACCUUUAGUGGGUGUUGAUCCUAAUCUAUUUGUCAACUUAAGUUCAUAUUUUGAAAUGGAAUACCCAAUAGUAAUUUUUUAAUCUACAUUUCAUAUUCUUCUAUUUUUUUUAGGUAUACGCUUUUAUAGUGGAUUAUUAUUAUUUUUUUUUUGUAGUAUGAAGUUCUGAUAUGUGUGGUCGAUCCUCAUGACCCAGCUGCAAUGGUUGCUAAUCGAUUACUAGAAAUGUAUCCGUCAGUAGAUGCUAAACUAUUUUUAGGUAUUUAAAUGUUUAUUUUUAAUCAAAUUAAAAUGUUUUAAUUUACAAUCAAUUUUUACUAAAAAAUGUAUCAAUAAAAUUGUAAUUAACAAUAGAAAUAGAAGUAUGUUUUUUUAAAAGUUUGCUUAUGCAAGUCAUUUUACAUAGGUGGAUCUAAAGUGGGUGUAAAUCCAAAAAUCAAUAACGUCCAUGCUGCAUACCAAGCAGCUAAAUAUUCGUUGAUUCUCAUAUCAGAUAGUUCAAUAAAAAGUAAUAUUAUAUUGUGAAAUAAUUAAUAAAAUUGUUUUAAUUUUGAUAUUGUAUUGUUUAUGUCUACUUAAACUAUUAUUAGUACAAAUUUCAUUUUUUUCAAACUAUGAAAAAUGUAAACUUUAAUAUACAUUCAUUUUAAUUUUUUUAUCAUUUGCAGUGAAAAAAGAUACUUUAAGUGAUAUGGUAGACAAAAUGUCUGACAAAGUUGCAAUUGUACACCAAAUUCCAUUCACGUGUGAUCGUAUUGACAAUAGUACUGAGCCUGCAAUAUCACCUCCAUCAGAAAAUGUGACAGACCCAUCAUUAUUUCUACAAUUAGACGGGAAGUCACAAUUUCAUAGUCAAACUAGACUUCAACAACGACGUUUUGUGGCGACAUUAGAAAAAGUAUGUAUUAGUAUUAUUAUAGUAUAUGUAUUAGUAGAUAUAGUACGUACUUCAUCAUAUGUUAAAGACAUUAAACCAGAGGUUCCCAAACUUUUCCUACUCGUGGCGCCCUUUUAGAACUGAAGUUUGCUCAUGGCGCCCUCAAUAAAAUUUACGACCUUGUUUUAAAUAAAAUAGAUAAAAUAACAAACAUGUAUAAUUUUCAAUAUAUAAUAUGGAAAUAUUUAUUUUAUAUAAUUAUACACUGAAAUAUUUAAUUUUAAUUUUAUUAGGUAAAGUAAAUUAGACAUAGUUUAUUUGUAGAAAACUAAUUAGUGAGAUAGAUGAGCCUGGACAUCAUUGCAUAGUUUUUCAAAUCUUGGGAUAAAACUUGUUACUGCUACUCUCAUUUCCUUCUCCACAUUGAUUUUUGACCGAUAUUUGCUUUUUACCACAGCGACCGCCGAAAACCCAGCUUCACAUAAAUAUGAAGUAGAAAACGAAAUCAAAACACGUAGAGCUUUUUCACAUACAAGGGGAUAUUCAUUUUUUAUUGAAAUCCAAAAUUUGGUCAAUUCCAUAUUGGUAAAUUUUGAUUUCAAACUACUGUCGCAAGACUACUCAAUUAGACUUUCUUCUUCAGUAGAAAUAAAUUCUGAUGGAACAAUGGAGUUAAAUGGUUCUUGAAUCCAUGCAAAUUUAUCAGUGUCUUCAUUUUUAAAAUAUUUCUCAAACCAUAUCACUAGCUGUGAUAGGUGUUCAAUGCAUUCAGUUUUCAAAAAUGUCACACAAAUAUGCUAAUUUCAUUAAAAAAAUUGAUGUCGGAAAAUUCAUUGGCGUUUUUGUGUUCUUCUUAAGAAAUACAUAUAUUUCCUGCCGCAGUUCAAACGUACGUAAUAAAACAUUACCACGAGAAAGCCAUCGUGCACUGCUGUAGUACAACAAACUUGAGUGUUCAGCUCUCAUAUCGUCACAUAAUUUUUUGAAAAAUCUUACUUUCAGUGGACGAGUUUUUAUAAAAUUGACACAUUCUAAUACUUGGUUCAGCGCGGGACUCAGAUAUUUUGCCGCAAGUGCUUCUCUAUGGAUAAUGCAAUGGGUCCACAGUGUAUCAGGGGCUUNGUCAGUACAAACACCGACGCAUUUAGUCCAAUCCAACAUAUUUUCUGACAUAAAAUUAUUAAGAAUAUCAAAUAAGUCCUGAGCCUUAGUGCUUGCUGUAAUAUUUUUAUAAAAUAGUAGGUCUUCUACCAUGUCAUCACCAUCUAUAAACCUAAUGUAGCAUAUCAAAUAAGCAUCCUUAUUAGUAUCCGUAGCCUCCUCCAGCUGCAACCUAUAUUCCCUUUCUUUGAUUUUUUCUAUCAAUUGAUCAUUGAGGUCCUCCGCCAUAUGGUGAAUUCUGCGGAUAACCGUAUUAUUGGACAAAGGCACUUUUGAGAGUAAUUUCCCAGCAGAUUCACCAACCAUAAUAUUUACCAUAUCUAUAGCAGCCGGUAAGAUAAGCUGUUCUGCAAUGGUAUGGGGCUUUUUACAUUUCGCAAUUCUGUAGGACACUUUAUAAGAUGCAAUCAAAGCAUUGGUUGAUAUUGAUGUAUUCUUGAAAAACGUACUUUUUUCCUGUUUUAGUUCUUUUAACUUUCUAAUAAUAUAAUCUCGAGUUUUGUCAAUCAUAUACUUGUGGUUUGCUUCUAAAUGGCGCUUCAAUUUACUCGGCAACAUGCAUUCUGGUGCCAAAACUUUCAUACAUACUACACAUAGUGGUCUCUCUUCACCGUUAAUUUCUGUUUACAAAAACCAAAAUCCAAAUACCUAUCAUCAUACUUAUGACAUUUUCGCUUUUUUACUGUUUCACCGCGACUAGUUAAUGGUAAAAUUUCUUCGUCUUCACAUGUACUCGUACGUUUACGAUUGUUUAAUAAAAAUCGAUCCAUAAUAAUUAAACACUGAACAAAGUUACAACUUAAAGAAAAUCACAGAACUUACUAAAUAUAUAUUCUUAAGAAACUUGAACAAAAUAUUAUAACACACCGAGACUGAUAGGGAGUGUAUAGGUAAUAAAUAGGUACUAACGCAGAAACAAAUUUCACCAGACACAUCAUAAAAUAUCGUUGUUUAUUUUUAGACCAGAUAACAUAGUCAGCAGCGAGUCACAACCGCAGCUCCCCUGACAACACACCACAGUUUGGGAACCUCUGCAUUAAAUUAAAUUUAAUCUAAAAUAAACAUACAUUUUUAUAUAUCCUGGUCCCUGAACCUUUUGAAUACCGAAUGAAAACCCAAGCAAGGUGACAACAGUUGUGCAUAUGUAAACCUUAUAAUUAGUUGAUGAAAAACCACGAUAGGUUAAAAUAAGCAGGAAAAUAAAGUUGUCUUAAGAUAGUGGUGAUGGGUGCAGCAUCUAUUAUUGGUGGGAAGGUAAGAUAUAGAUGAGAAUUUAAUUUAUAUUUGUUGGCAGGAUUAAUUAUUUUUAAUGAAAUACUAUUCUGAGCGAAGUUCAGGUGAUAGUGUUGCUUUGUCAACAAUAUAUGUUAUAUUAUGGUAAUAUAAUUAUAUAUUAUGCAUUAAACACUUUUUUUAAUAAUAUUUGUUUAAUAUUGUACUUAUUUUCCUGUUUUUCCCAUUUACCUGUGUAAAGUAAGAUUUCCUUUUAGAUAAAAUACUAUAAUUGUAAAUCGGAGCAAAAUUGCUGGUAGACAAAUUGUUCACAGAUAAAAAUAAAUAUAAUUGUAAAACCAAUACAUUCUCAGAAUCUAAAACAAACAAUUUAUUUUAUGAUUAUAUAAAAUCGAAACCAGACAACUGUUGUUAAAACUGUGAUUACAUGAUUACUUAAUUCAUUAGUAUGUUCAUAAAUUAAAUGUAAGAUUAUUUAUCUAUUUAAAAUAAUGAAUGAUCCUAGCAUAUGCACAUUUGUUAUCACCAUGGUUUAUGAAAUGUGUUAAAUUUUUUUGAAAUUUGAUUUAAAGAACAUUUAAGAAACACGCUUUUCUAAAAUUUAACAUUUAUAUUAUUUUUUUGUUACCCUAAUUUUUGGAGAUGAAAAACUACCCACUUUUGAUUUUUAAAUGGCAACCUAUAUUAAAAAUUUCAUGAAUAGAUGGAGUAGUAGUUAAAAUAAAUGCUGGUGUUUAAAUUUGUUAUUUCUGUCAAUUCUUUGAUGAGAUAUUCCACUUUUAAGUUUGGGGUGGGGAGAAGAGAAGUGGAGCAUCAUUUGUUUGGCAGCCAGCAUGCAACUUUUUAAUAAUGUACUAAAUUGAGAUUAAAAAUUGAAACACCAAAAUGUAUUUUAACUACUACUCCAUCUACUUAUGGAAUUUUCAGUAUAUAUUGCCGUUUGAAAAUCAAAAUUAAAAAUUUGUAAUAAAAAAUAACAUAAAUGUAAAAUUGCAUAGCUGCUUGUUUCUAAAAUUAUCUAUAAAACAAAUAUAGAAAAAAGUUAAUACUUUUUGAGAUAAUAAGUGUCUUAUGAUAGAUUGAUCUCCCUGUGUAUAUAUAUAUUAUAAUAUACAGGUUUUCCAAAAAUCUCAAUAGAUAUAUAUUACAACAGAGUAACAAAGUGUAGUCUGUGCAAGAGUUAUAUAAUGGUACAAUGACAAUUUUUUGAUUAUUUUUUUCAGCUCGGGUAAUACAGGGAAAGUACCUUUAGUAUAUAUUAUUAUACUGGGUGGUCUUUUGAGUUUCAUGUUAUAUAUUGUAUGGUUCCCUGGGCUAUAGGUAACAUUUAUAGGACUAUAAUACAUUAUAUUUUGAUACAAUAAGUCACAUUGAAUAUUUUUCAAUAUAUGUAUAUAUUUUUAAUAAUUUAUAUACAAAUUAUAAGUAAUCAAAGUAACUAACUGAGAAAAGAACUAACGUACAAAUGCUUAUUUAUUCUUAAGUAAUUUUAUUGUACCUACAUCUUUUUUUUAUAUAUGUUUUUAAUUUGUUUAUACAUUAUCUAAUUAGAAUAAUAUGUUGUACUCUUUUAUAAUAAGAAAUUGCCUAUAUUAGCCCCUUAUAAUUUGUUCCCUGUGCUGUCUCUAGACACUAGUGUUUUAUUGGUAUCAGACAGGCUCCUAUAUAUACCCCAUUUUUUGAUAGAACACAAAUAAAUAAAACAUAAUAUGAACUAUAACUAAGUCAAGGUCAUGAACUUCCACCACCUUAUAUGACCAGCUCCAAACCAAUACUAAAAGUUAACAAAUAAUAGCAAAUUUAUUAAAAAAAGUUGCUGUGUGUUAAUAAUGCAUCACUAUUCUCUCCAAUCUAAAAUUUAAAGUGGAAUAUAUCGUAAACGACUUUACAGAAAUCAAAAAUGUCAACACAAGAAUGUAUUUAAUAAUAAUACACCUUCUAUUUAUGGAUUUGUUUUUAUAUAGGUUGCCAUUUAAAAAUCAAAAGUAGGUCUACUCCCAAAAAUUAGGGCAACAAAAAAUAACAUAAAUGUAAAAUUUUAGAGCUGCUUGUUUCUAAAAUUGUCUUUAAAACAAAUGUCGAAAAAGUUAAUACUUCCCAAAAUAAUGAGUGACUUAUGGUAGAUGGAUCACCCUGUAUAAGUUCCUGAAUAGUCAAGUAUAUAUCUACUAGUAUUAUCUACUAUAUUUACUAAGCAAAUAAAAUUAAAUGGCAUAAUAUUAAUCAGUAAUACAGUAUACUUGUAAUACUUGAGUAUUUUAAAUUGAAUUGUAAUUUUUUGGCAAUUUUUAUUGACAAAAAUAAAUGUUUUUAAUGUUUAGGUGUUUUUUGGAACAGCUCAUGCCCGUGUAUAUUUAGUCGCAGAUCUAGUGGGCGCUAUUUGUCAUACAGGAAUGUCAACAUUAUUACGUAAGAAUGUAAUGGACGAAUGUGGUGGUUUGCAAGCAUUUGCUGGUUAUCUAGCUGAAGAUUACUUUAUGGCUAAAUUUAUAGUGUCCCGAGGUUGGCGAACUACAAUAAGUGGUUAUCCAGGCUUACAAAAUAAUGGUGGUAGUGACCUUAGAAAAUUCCAUGAUCGGCUUAGAAGGUUAUUCAUAAACAAUGUUUAUUUAUAUUACAUAUUUUAAUAGUUGUAUUUGUAUAUUAUUCAUUGGUAAUUUUUAUUUGUUGAUUAAAUACGGUUUUAUUGUAUUUUGUAGAUGGGUUAAACUCAGGAUAGCUAUGGUCCCACACACAAUUAUUUUAGAACCUUUAUCUGAAUGUUUGAUACUGGGUGCGUGUGCAGCAUGGUCUGCACACACAUUGUCUGGAGGUUCUAUAGAUCCAUAUGCUUUCUAUAUGGUGCAUAUCCUUGUAUGGUUCUUAUUAGACUGGAUUCUUUUAAAUAUUAUGCAGGUAUAUAGUAUUAAAAAUUAUGCUUGGUCAUUAUAAAGUAUUGCUAUACAUUUUUAUUUGAAUUUUAUUCCAGGAUGGACCUUUGCCAUUUACAAAGUUUGAAUAUUUAAUUGCAUGGAUCUAUAGAGAAUUUAUGGGACCAUAUCUGUUUUUAACAGCACUUUUAUGGCGCCCAUCUGUUGUUAAGUGGACCACACAACAAUAUCGGGUGCGUUGGGGUGGUAUAUCAGAAAUUUAUAAUCAACAAUCAAGCUCAGAAGCCAUAACUGCCACAAUGCCUACUGUUUCUACAACCAGUAUUACCUAUGAGACUACUGUACCUCAAAACUAUUGUAGUACUUAUCAACAACAGCCUACUAUUAGUUUCACAACUAAAAUUAAAGUUUAAACCAUAAAGAUAUACUAAUUUAUUUUUAAAACUAAGAUAAUAAUUUCUUAAAAUCUAAUUAUGUAAUAACCACAGAUUUUUAUACUUUGCUACAUAAAGAACUCAAUGAAUGCUACAAAAUAUUCACCAACUAAAUUAUAAGUAGGUGAUAAAUUAAAUAUAUUCUAGUGACUCUGGUAUCUACAAAUGUGAUAUAGCAUAAGAUAUGGUCAAAACAGGUUUAUUCUCUGUGGCAAUUCAAAGUUAAUGUGCCUAGCAAUAAAAUUGUGUAACUUGUUUAAAAUUUCUUCUCAUUCUGUCCCAUUCUUUAUAUACAAAUUUUGAUCUGCCCUAAAAAGCGCUUUAGAUUCUCUAGAAUUAUUUUCUAAAUUACUAGUAUCAAAUCAAUUAGGUCAGUAAGUUCAGUUUAAUGAUGAAUUACAUUCUGCAGCCUAUUACAACAAUCACCUAUAAGGAUACUUUGUAGUUCUAAUUAUAUUGUUUCUUAGUUAUAGCUUGACUUAGCUCUUUGGCUGUACUCAGGUUUGUAUUUUUGUUCUUUUAAUUAUCUAAUUUAUUUUUCACACUUAGUUUGCUAUGUUUUAUUUUAUAUAUAUUUGGUCUGGGGUAAAAAAAUUAAUUAAUAAGAUAUCUGAAAAAUUUGAAUACCUAACUCUAUUCUUAAACCUGUUUUAGGGUAUUUUUAGUUCUAUAUAAUAUACUGGUGUAUAAUUAUUGUGAAUACAUCCAAAUUACCAAUGUAAUUUUACUUAUAAAAACAAGAGUAUUGGCUAUUGUACUUAAAACAAUUUAUUUAUUUUUGUAAUAUUUUCCCACCAAUCAAAUAGUGGCAAAACAUUUUAAUAAUAUAAUGGGUUCUGUCCAGAGGCGGAUCCAGCCCAAGAAAAAUCGAUGGGUUUUUUAAAUAUAUUUUUUUACGGAAACAGGGAAAGAUAAAAAUUAUAACACCAAUUUCUGUUAUAGACUUAUUAUAAUAUAUUAUAUGGAAAUGCAGUUAAUAUGCUACAAUAUUAUUAGUAGAGAUAUGAUGUCGAUAACUGAAAAUUAACAAACAUGGUGAAAAAAUUUGUUUUUAAUGGCCUAAAAACUAUAUAUAAAAAAAAAUGUAUACAUUCUAAAUUUAUGAAGCAUGAACCAAAUUUUUAGUUAAAGUAGUUUUGUUUAGGAUGAAAAGAAAAACUGCUAAGUCAUCAACAUCCUAUCUCUAUUACAUAUCCUUUGCUCAGUGAUUGGGAUCCGCCACUGGUCCUGUCCUAUAUUGUUUAUUUUUAUAAAUCUGUGGUGAUAACAGCAAUUUAAUGUAUGGUUAAUACAAUUAUACUUUAUUUAUUUAUACGUAUAGCGUGUCUCACCAUGUUUUAUGAAUUUUUAUAUUUGUUAAUGUUAUAUUUUUCUGUACAAUUUUCUUUUAGGGAGACAUAUAUUUAAAAAAAUUUAAUUUAUUUUAUCACUUCUUAAUCACUUGAAAAAAAUAAUUUUUUGUUCACUUUUUAUAAUUAAUAAUUACAAAUACUUAAUAAAUAUCCUACAAUUUUUAAUCUAACAUAUAUACAUAUCCAAUUAAUAGUUUUUUGGUAAUAGCUUUUCAAUUUCUAGGGAAGAGGCAAUACAAAAAGAGAAUCACAAUCCUAAUAUUAUUAAUGAAACUGUCAACUGAUAAUUAUUUUUAAAAUAAGUGUGUUUUAUUAUGUAUUGGUGUAAUGCAGUUGUCACCCAUUACAAAUAAUUAAUGAGUUUGAAAUUAAAAUUAUUAUUACUAAAAAAACUAUUGAUCAGAUAUGAAUGUAUGAUACAUUAAAAUGUUUAAAAUUAUAUAUUUCACAUAAUAGCUAUUUUUUAAAGUGAAAAAAAAAAAUAUCUAUUAUACAUGUAUGCCCCAGACAUAAAAUAAAAUAUUAACAGAUAUAAAAAUCUGUAGAACAUGAAGAGACACCUGUAUAUAAUGUGCCUUUUGAAACUAUGUUUAAUAUUUAUAAAUAUUCUAACUGUAAUAUACAAUAAAUAGGGUUGUUAUGUAACACGCUUUGUUAUUAAUGUUUUUUUAUGAGAAUGUUAUCAUUUUAUAAUUACAGUUAUUUAUUAUAUAUAUAAGUAAAUAUCUAUUGUAUUUUUUUGCACAUUUUUAAUUUUUAAUAGUACACUAUAUUAGUUUUUAUCAACUUUUUUCAACAACUAAAAAUUCAGCCAUGUUUCCAGUGAAAAUUGAAUCAUUUUUUGAUUAAAAAUGUAUAUUAUUUUUUUAGUGAUCCUCUAUCAAUUCAAGUGUGAGGGGCUUCAUCUGUUAAUAUACUUUUUGCAAGUUCAUUGUUGGAAAUGACAAACAGUGCUAGAAAUGAGAAUUAAAAAAUUGAUGUACCUACCUUACAAUUAAUGAAUUCAAUUUAAUACACCCCCUCUCAAACAUAAAUCAUUAAUUAAUUAUUUAAAAAAGAACCAAUUAUAUUUAUGCAACUAAAUUUCCGCUUACAUAUUUAUUUAUUUUUUUAUAUUUAUUUUAAAUAGGUAUAUUAACAUUAAUGAUAUUAUAAUAUAUGUAU